AAGAUCCUCGUCUUGGAUUUGGACGAGACCCUCAUCCACUCGACCUCACGCUCCCCGACCUGGACGGCUUUGCGAGCGCAACACUCUUCGGUCAAUGUCGUCCUCGAUGGACGCAGCGUCAUCUACCACGUCUACAAGCGUCCGUGGGUGGACUACUUCCUGCGCAAAGUCUCAACGUGGUACCAAGUCGUCAUCUUCACUGCCUCGGUGCAGGAGUAUGGCGACCCCGUUAUUGAUUGGCUCGAUCAGGGGCGCGGUCUGAUUGCGGGAAGGCUGUACAGGGAUGCCUGCACGUACAAGAAUGGGAGCUACCUCAAGGACUUGAGUAUUGUCGACUUGGAUCUGAGUAGAGUGUGCUUGGUCGACAAUUCCCCUGCUAGCUACUUUUUGAACCCUUCCAACGGCAUUCCAAUCGAAGGCUGGACUCACGACCCAUCCGACGAGGCGCUGUUGGAUCUUCUCCCAGUCCUCGACUCACUGCGCUUCGCCCAGGACGUGAGACACGUCUUGGGCCUGCGC